AGACACGCCCCGACUUGCAGCCGGUGGCCUCCCAGCGACACAGCGAGCGCGGCGGCAGCCCUGGACUCCCGGACCUCCACGCGGGGGUUUCCGCGUCUCCCGGGCGGGGCCGGAAAAGGAAGUCGGCGCUGCUGUGGCGGCCCCUUCGGCAGCAGCGGUCCCAGCCGAGCCCGCCCGACCACCCGUCCCUGUCUCGCCCGGCCACGGAGGCAGCGCAGCGGCGGGACCCGGAGCCUCCCCCCCACCGAGCCGCGCCGCGCCGCCCCGCGCCGCCGGGCGCCCACCAGCCCCAUGGGGCCGCAGCGGCGGCGACGGCCCCCCGCCGUGGCCACCCUGUUCUGGGGCUUCCUGCUCCCACUGUCAGCUGCUCAGGAAGCAAUCCUGCAUGCAUCUGGAAGUGGCACACCUUCACUAUCUAAGGACUACUGCAUGUUAUAUAACCCUCAUUGGACAACUCUUCCAAGUACCCUAGAAAAUGCAACUUCUAUUAGUUUGAUGAAUCUGACUACCACACCAUUAUGCAACCUUUCUGAUAUUCCUCCUGCUGGCAUAAAGAACAAAGCAGUUGUGGUUCAGUGGGGAACCUGCCAUUUUCUUGAAAAAGCCAAAAUUGCACAGACAGGAGGUGCUGAAGCAUUGUUGGUUGCCAAUAACAGCAUCCUGUUUCCUCCCACAGGGAACAGAUCUGAAUUUUAUGAUGUGAAGAUAUUGAUUGCAUUUAUAAGCCACAGAGACUUUAAAGAUAUGAAGCAGACUCUUGGAAAUAACAUUACUGUGAAAAUGUAUUCCCCAUCAUGGCCUAGCUUUGACUAUACUAUGGUGGUUAUUUUUGUAAUUGCUGUGUUCACUGUGGCAUUAGGAGGAUACUGGAGUGGACUAAUUGAAUUGGAAAACUUGAAGGCAGUGACAAAUGCUGAAGAUAGAGAAAUGAGGAAAAAGAAGGAAGAAUAUUUAACUUUUAGUCCUCUUACAGUUGUAAUAUUUGUGGUCAUCUGCUGUGUUAUGAUGGUCUUACUUUAUUUCUUCUACAAAUGGUUGGUUUAUGUUAUGAUAGCAAUUUUCUGCAUAGCAUCAGCAAUGAGUCUAUACAACUGUCUUGCUGCACUAAUUCAUAAGAUACCAUGUGGAAAAUGCACGAUUGGGUAUCGUGGCAAAAGCAUUGAAGUGAGACUUAUUUUUCUCUCUGGACUAUGCAUAGCAAUAGCUGUUGUUUGGGCUGUGUUUCGAAAUGAAGAUAGGUGGGCUUGGAUAUUACAGGAUAUCUUGGGGAUUGCUUUCUGUCUGAAUUUAAUUAAAACGCUGAAGUUACCAAACUUCAAGUCAUGUGUGAUACUUCUAGGCCUUCUGCUCCUCUAUGAUGUAUUUUUUGUUUUCAUAACACCGUUCAUCACAAAGAAUGGUGAGAGUAUCAUGGUUGAACUUGCAGCUGGACCUUUUGGAAAUAAUGAAAAGUUACCAGUAGUCAUCAGGGUACCGAAGCUGAUCUAUUUCUCAGUAAUGAGUGUAUGCCUCGUGCCUGUUUCAAUAUUGGGUUUUGGAGACAUUAUUGUACCAGGUCUGCUGAUUGCAUACUGUAGAAGAUUUGAUGUGCAGUCUGGUUCUUCUAUAUACUAUGUUUCUUCCACAAUUGCCUAUGCUGUUGGCAUGAUACUUACAUUUGUUGUUCUGGUGCUGAUGAAAAAGGGACAACCUGCUCUCCUGUACUUAGUACCUUGCACACUUAUUACUGCCUCAAUAGUUGCUUGGAGACGUAAGGAAAUGAAAAAGUUCUGGAAAGGUAGCAGCUAUCAGAUGAUGGACCAACUGGACUAUGCAACAAACGAAGAAAACCCUGUGACUGCUGGUGAACAGAUUGUCCAACAAUAAUAUUAUGUGGACUUGCAAUAAUGUUUCAUUAAUUUUCUACAAAAAGAGUUUGACUUUUUAAAUUGACUUUUGAAUUGACAAUCUGAAUCUUCAAAGAUAUACUUGCAAAUGUAUAUUUUUUUGAGGUGGUACUAAUAAUUACAUAAUAAAUAAUUUAAAUGCAUUUGCUUUUAAUUAUGUUAAAGUUGUGCCUUCCCAUUAAAUAAAAGCAUAAGGUCUGUGUAAUUUCCAGGAUGUAUCAUAUACAGUAUAUUUUUCUAAAAAACAAAAAUGCCUUCACUCACCCCUGUACUUUUCUUACUGAGAUCUGUUUCUUUGAACUCUAAUGAUAGAUAAAAGUAUUACUGUCAAAAUGAGUUUCUGAACAGAUUUUACUGUUAAGAAUUAUGCAAAUUUUAUCUGCUCUAUAGAAAUAACUAAUUAAGACCCUGCAAGAAGGCAGUUCAACAAUGACAGUUUGGACCUUACAUCACUGCAGAGGUUAGAACUAUAUAGUUUGGGAAUAAAUAUAAAUGCAUAUUUUUGUAGUAUAAGUUUUUUUAAGAACCCAAUCCUUUUUAAACUUGAGAACCUAAAUUACGUCAGACUGAACAUGUAUUAUAUUAGAAUAUUUUCCCAGAUAUAGAGAAAUAUAAUAUAUAGAACUAGUCAUUAAGAGGACACAAAAACCAAAAUCCAGUUUUUAGUGGCCUGCCAUUUCCUUGAAGAUGUAGCUUAAAUUUCUGUACUAACAUUCAGUUUCACCUUGGUAUUUCUAAUCUUGGAAAUUUGGUUCUAUUGAUGAGUGUAACAUCCCUAACAAUUUCUCCCUCCUUCCCCCCGAUGUUUUAUUUUUCAUGAUUCCCAUUCCUUUCCCAUAGGCAACCACUGUUAACCUUGGCAGAGGAUAAUUUAUUACUGUACAAAAUGUGGCUCAAAGGAAAAAAUUGGAGACAAAAGGUGGGAAUCUGGAUGUUAGUUUAAUUAUAAUAUAAGGAAGAGUUUGAGUAAUUUGCCUCAGCCCAAGACACUUACAGCUCAGAUUUCUCAUCUACAAAAUAAGUAGGUUAAACCAGUUAAUCAUUCUGGUACCUUUCAGUUGAAAAAAAUCCUUUUUCUCAUUCUUUGCUAAGUCUCAGAUAUGACUCAGCAGGAUUUUGCAUCUCUGUGUAAAUAAUGUGCGAAUAUGUGAACAGAUCUAUGAUCUUUCAUUCUAAGGCCAGUUCAGGUUAUUAAAAGAUGAAACUAAUGCCUUUUAAAAUGGAUCAGAUCUUUGAUGUUUGAAUUAAAUUUAGUAUUAGAUGCUUUUGUUAACUUUUGCUGAAUAAAUUGCAAAUAGAGAAGCUCUAUUCUUUCUACUUAAUAUAGUUGUGGGUCCUUUUGUUUAUGCCAGAUGACUUAUCUGACAAGUAAGGGUUACUCUUAAUUUUGCCUCUAUUGUAUCAAGUUUGAAUUUCUUCCAAGGAAUCUAAUUUAUUUGGCAGACUCUGAUGGAGAGAAGAACAGAUUAAGUGCCAUUUUAAAAUUCCAACUGUAUUUUUAUUUAUAUCAAUAAAAUGUUUGCCAAAAUACCA